AUGGCCUUUCGCGCCCUCCACCGUCCCCGCGGUACAAGGCUCUUGGCCUGUGGGAUCGCAGCGCUGCUGCUGGGCUCUGCCUUUUCCGCCCUGUCCUUCGUCACGACCAGGGCACCGGCUCCUCGGGCAGCGGCUCCUCGCGUUCCAGCGCAGUUCUUCGGCUCCAAGGCCCCGGAGCCUGCCAAGUACGAGGAUGAAACACUUGGGGACAAGAUCAAGGCUGCGUGGAAGAACGAGAACACGCAGAAGUUCAUCGCUUUUGUCGCGACGGCAUCCACCGCCCUGGACGUGCUGGGCCUCUUCACCGGCGAGGCCUCAGUCACCGCCGGCAUCGGGGAGGCCUUGGCAUCCCUGGACACUGGCGUGGCCCUCCAGGAGGGGCAGACCGCGGCAGAAGCCCUGGCAGACGCUGCACAGUCUGCAGACUUCAGCGAGUCCUCCGAGACCCUGUCCGACUUGACUGAGAACUUGAAGAACUUGAAAUGA